GGAGAACUGGCGCCAGAGUGGUGAUUACGCCCUGAUUCUUUGGGGUUUAACCCACGUGUAGAUCAGGUGUUCCCAUACAUGCCAAACCGUAAACAGUUCUCAGAAGAAGCAGAACAUUUUGUCUGAGAUCUUUCCCUUUUCAUCCCUUUCUGGCUUCUCCUCCUAGCAGAUCCUGGGAAAUGCCCACGUAGAGUCGGGAGUGUUUGAAAGCGGGAAGGGACUGCAGUGUAGCUGUCGCAAUGGCUGACACGAGUUUCUAGGGAGAAGCAGAAGCCCUUUUCUUCUUGGCUAACUCCUUACUAGUUGCCGCUCUGCUGUCAAUGCCAUGGAGAAGGAAUUGAAUAAAUCCUACACAAAGAUUUUGUCUUUGACUACUACCUCCUACUCCUGGAUUAUGCAGUUGGUGGAAUAUCAUAAGCACUCAACCAUGAUAAGAGGAAUUGCAAUUGGAGCUACAUUAGCCCUGCUUUUGAUCAGCAUUGUCAUUUACUUUGUUUACAAGAGGAUGAAGUGGUCUUCACAAGAGCUUUCAGUAUCUCCUCAGUACAGGUUCCGUAAAAGAGACAAAAUGAUGUUUUAUGGCCGAAAGAUCAUGAGGAAGGUGAGUACCCUGCCAAACAGUCUUGUUGGUUACAGCACUGUGCCCCGGCAGAGAAUGAGGAAGAGAGUCAAAGUUCUGUCUUUGGCUAAAAGGAUUCUGCGGUUCAAGAAGGACUAUCCCACCUUGCAGCCAAAGGAGCCUCCUCCCUCCUUGUUAGAAGCUGAUCUCACUGAAUUUGAUGUUAAAAAUUCUCACCUACCAUCUGAGGUCUUAUACAUGCUGAAAAAUGUCCGAGUCCUGGGCCACUUUGAGAAGCCACUGUUUCUGGAACUCUGCAAACACAUGGUUUUUGUGCAGUUACAAGAAGGAGAGUACAUCUUCCGUCCUGGAGAUCUUGACAACAGUAUUUAUGUGGUGCAGGAUGGGAGAUUGGAAGUUUGCAUUCAGGAAAAUGAUGGUACCGAGGUCGUGCUGAAAGAGGUCCUGGCCGGAGACAGUGUCCACAGCCUCCUCAGCAUCGUUGAUGUCAUCACCGGCCAUGCAGCUCCAUAUAAAACUGUCUCUGCCAGAGCAGGGGUACCAUCUACUAUUUUAAGGCUUCCAGCUGAUGCUUUCCAAGGUAUCUUUGAGAAAUACCCUGAGACCUUGGUGAGGGUAGUACAGAUCAUAAUGGUGCGGCUGCAAAGGGUGACCUUUUUGGCUCUACAUAAUUACCUAGGGCUUACCACUGAACUCUUCAACUCUGAAAGUCAGGCUAUUCCAUUGAUGUCUCUGGCCAAUGUAACAUCCAACAAAAUUAAGAAGCAGAUGUCCUGUCCAGCAUCAGAUGAAGAACAAAAAGGAGAGAAGGUUGAGAAGUCCCAAGAAUGCUCAGAAUGCUCAGAUCAUAAGAGGGAAAGCCAGUUAGAAACCUGUUCGCUUCUUAUGAAGCGGAGCUUCUCCAGCCCACUGCCUUCAAUGCAUGGAGAGAAUUUUGAUGAACUAGGAAAAUUCCAAGGGAUUGGACCUGACACACAGACACCUCCAGCAUCUCCUGGUGCAGUUCUAGAAACAGGCUCUUCCUUUGGUACUAAAUCAGACUUGGGGAUGGUAUACAACAGGGCCAGACUUAAUCUCCUUUCGGAUGAACCUCCCGUGGUCUCCAAUAAGUCAAGGAAAUCAGUAACAUUGUCAGAGAUCCCCUCUGCUGUCAUCCAUUACUCGGAAGACAUUGAGGAACCUGGUAUUAGCUGGAAGACGGAUGCUAUUUUCAAAGCGGCCAAGAAAGAUCUUCUUACCCUGAUGAAAUUGGAUGAUCCUUCACUCUUGGAUAACAAAGUGACCUUGCUUCAUGUUCCUGCAGGUACUAUCGUGUCAAAACAAGGAGACCAGGAUGUCAACAUCCGGUUUGUGGUCUCUGGGAUGCUACAUGUAUAUCAGCAGAAGAUUGACAGUGAAGAAAAUACAUGCCUAUUUAUCACCCAUCCUGGGGAACUGGUAGGCCAGCUGUCUGUACUUACUGGGGAGCCACUUAUCUUUACCAUCAAGGCCAACAAAGAAUGUUGCUUCCUCUCCAUCUCCAAGUCUAAUUUCUAUGAGAUUAUGCGCAAGCAACCGAAUGUUGUCCUGGCUGUGGCUCACACAGUUGUGAAGAGAAUGUCUCCAUUUGUGAGACAGAUGGACUUUGCCCUGGACUGGAUGGAAGUAGAAGCUGGACGUGCAAUUUACAGGCAGGGUGAUAAAUCUGACUGCACAUAUAUUGUACUCAGUGGCCGUCUGCGCUCUGUAAUCAAGAAAGAUGAUGGGAAAAAACGCCUGGCUGGUGAAUAUGGACGAGGAGAUCUCAUUGGUGUGGUGGAGACACUAACCUACCAGUCUAGAGCUACAACAGUACAUGCUGUCCGUGAUUCAGAAUUGGCCAAGUUACCAGCAGGAGCAUUGACUUCCAUCAAGCGCAGAUAUCCACAGGUUGUGACUAGACUGAUCCAUUUGCUUGGGGAAAAGAUCCUUGGCAAUCUUCAGCAGGGAUCUAUACCAGGUCACCAAUUUGGAAUGUAUUUCUCUGGCAACAAGUGGGAUUCUGGGAAUCCAUCCAGUAACCUUUCAACAGUGGCCAUCAUGCCAGUAUCAGAAGAUGUGCCCCUCAUUACAUUUACUCUGGAACUCAAUCAUGCCCUCAGUGGGAUUGGCCCAGUCUUGCUAUUGACUAGUGACAACAUCAAACAACGUCUUGGAGCUGCAGCUCUGGACAGUAUUCACGAAUACAGAUUAUCCAGUUGGCUGGGACAACAGGAAGACAUCCACCGCAUUGUUCUCUACCAGGCAGACAGUACCUUGACCCCAUGGACCCAGCGCUGUAUUCGGCAGGCAGACUGUAUCCUGAUUGUUGGGUUGGGAGACCAAGAGCCCACUGUGGGCGAGCUGGAAAAAAUGCUGGAAAACACAGCCGUUCGUGCUCAGAAGCAAUUGAUCCUACUUCACAAGGAGGAUGGGCCAGAGCCUUCCCGCACAGUUGAGUGGCUUAACAUGAGAACCUGGUGUUCAGCCCACUUGCACCUUCGCUGCCCCCGCCGGGUCUUUUCUCGCAGGACUCGGGCCAAAGUGAUGGAAAUGUAUGAACGUGUCUUCCAGAAGUCUCCUGAUUUGUACUCUGACUUUUCCCGUCUGGCUCGAGUUUUGACUGGCAAUGCUAUUGCAUUAGUGCUUGGAGGAGGAGGAGCAAGAGGUUGCUCCCAAGUUGGUAUCAUCCGGGCCUUGAUGGAAGCAGGAAUUCCUGUGGAUAUGACGGGAGGAACCUCAGUUGGAUCUUUCAUAGGGGCUCUAUUUGCUGAGGAGAGAAACUACAGCCAGACAAGGAUCCGGGCCAAGCAGUGGGCCUUGGAUAUGACUUCUGUGUUGAAGACAGUGCUGGACCUGACUUACCCAAUUACCUCCAUGUUCUCUGGAGCAGCUUUCAAUAAUAGCAUCAGAAAAGUCUUCCAAGACAAACAGAUUGAGGACCUCUGGAUUCCUUAUUUUGUUAUCACAACAGAUAUCACCGCCUCUACAAUGAGGGUCCACACAGAUGGCUGCCUGUGGAGGUAUGUCCGAGCCAGUAUGUCUCUAUCUGGUUACAUGCCCCCGCUCUGUGACCCCAAAGAUGGACACCUACUGAUGGAUGGUGGCUAUAUCAAUAACCUCCCAGCUGACGUGGCCAGAUCUAUGGGUGCCAAAGUGGUGAUUGCCAUUGACGUGGGCAGCAGGGAUGAAACGGACCUCACCAACUACGGUGACUCGCUGUCUGGCUGGUGGCUGCUGUGGAAACGCUGGAACCCCCUGGCUACAAAAGUGAAGGUGCUGAAUAUGGCAGAGAUCCAGACACGUUUGGCCUAUGUGUGCUGUGUCAGGCAGCUGGAGAUGGUGAAGAACAGUGAUUACUGUGAAUAUAUCCGACCACCCAUUGAUCGCUAUGGUACCCUGGACUUCAACAGAUUUGAUGAAAUCUGUGAGGUGGGUUAUCAGCAUGGACGGAUUGUGUUUAGCAUCUGGAACCGCAGUGGUGUGCUGAAAAAGAUGCUGAAGGACCGACACGAAAUCCAUAAAACGAAAGCCACAGAUGUGCUCACCUAUCCCAAUGCCUCCUUCACUGACCUGGCAGAGAUUGUGUCACGUAUUGAACCAGCCCGAUCCACAGUGGCUGAUGAUGAAUCCGACUACCAGACUGAAUAUGAAGAGGAGAUCCUAGACUUCCCUAGGGAGGAUAUUGACUACCAGAGCACUGCAAAACAAGAUACUCAGAAAGAUUCUUCCUUGUAUGGAGAGAAUUCGGACUCGGAAGAAGACAACUCGACCCAGAAUUAUUCCAGCUCCUCCCAGAGCAAAUCCUAUCAAUUAACCGAUUCCCUUUCUGCCAUCUCAGAUUUGGACUCCUAAAAGUUCUAUUCCCCUAUGAGAGGCCAUGAGGCUUGUCUUUUGGGAGGCUGAGAUCUUGAUGUUUGGUGCUGCUGGAAUGAAGCCAAUCACUUCUCCUGACGCCAUCUUGGGCAUCUGUGGGAGGGACGGGCACUUUUGAUUUUCUCCUCCCCCAUUCAACCAAAUCACUACCAGUUGUGUGAUCCUAUUCUCCCAGGAUUGGGGUUGGGGCGGGGAAUGAGGGAGUCUGAGGAAGGGAAUUCAGUGUGUUGGGAGAGUAAGAGAGAUGCUGGAAAAAGGAGGUCUGUGGGUUCCUGUGGUUUUGUGUAGUUGGGAGUACCCUUGAAGUGCUUCUUCACUGAUCUUGUUAAAGAAGUCUGGGGAGAAACCUUUGGAAACCUUGGAGUCUGGGGUUAGGCUGGGGUUUUUAGCAAUUGGGAGUCUUGAAGCAAUUCCCUGCCUUUAGUGUUCAAACCACUAUGGGAGAAAGGCCUGAAUGAAGGUGUACAGGAGAUUCUCAGACAGGUCAGUUGCUUCUCUCAAAGGUCUUCCCCUUAGGAAAAUCUUUGGGUGAUGUGACGACCUUCACUCACUCUCAAAGUGCUUGUUCUGAUCUGAGUCACCCACCGGGGCCAUCCUCUCCGUGAGCUAAGCCAGGGUGAGACUAGGAACCUAGUGAAAGAGAACUGGGCCCUAUAAGACUUAGUCCAUCUUCCCAUCUUGAUCCUCUCCUCCUGAGGUCAGGAUAAGGUAUAUGUAUGGUGACCAAGCCAGAUUCUCCACGUCUCCAUUUAAGGACUCAGUACCCAAGAUAUAUAUUGUUUUCAUGUCCUUGAUCACCCAUAAAAGAGCAACCCAAAAAGAGUGAACUAAAGGACCAGGGCUGGGCCCUGAAAGCCAAUCCUUCAUUCAAGAGGCAUUUAGGACUACCCUUAUCCCUAAGGCCCAAAACAAGCCUCUGAGAAACAUAAAAAGUUGGGAGAUAUGACCAGAAUAAAGGAUACUUCAUCACGCUCACUUCCCAGGAUCUUAGCUCCCAUUCCUCCAAUUUGUGGCCUCUGAAAGGUCUCUGGGGAGGGGGGGGGAGAUAUUUCUCUGUCCCAGCUCAAUAUGAGAAGCAACCUCUUUCUCUUAGGGGAUGGACAGGUUAGAGACUGGAGAUGGGAAGAUGUAGGAAACUGAAAAGGCAGCAUAUAAUUUAGUUUAUUAAUAAAUAUAUAUAUAUAUAUAUGUAAAA